UCGCCAAAAGAAAAAAAGAGACAGUAGUGUCUAAAUGGUUUCGCUGAGGCAAAAGAAGAGGCAAAAUCCAGCAAAGCGAGCAUGGAAGAGCUUCACAAACAUGGUCAAGUCCAAACUCAGAGACAUCGAGAUCGCUGCAACGGUCAGAGAAUCAACGGCUCGUGUCAUUCGUUUCCUUUCUUGCCGUCUCAUCGUUCCUUUCCGAACAAGGUACCUCGAAAACACUAGCUAUUCAGACAAAUACUACAGCCGCAGCAGCAACCAAACUUCUCGGCGGUUUCUCAACUUCUUCUCACGAUCUCACACCAAAACCAAGCGUCGAAGCUAUGAAUACGAUGACGAUUACUCUCAAAUCUAUCAAUACCAAAACCAAUCACGCUGCGAAGGGACGAGUGAGAGCACAGAGAAAGUUGUGCGGCGAAAAGAAGAGAAAGUUGUGAGGCGAAAAGAGGAGAAAGAAGAGGACGAAGAGGGGAUGCCGGAGAUUGCUGAUUCGAUGGAAGAUGCAUGGAGGAGAGUAGUGGCUGCUUCGCCGCAUUUGAGGGUUGACGAGAGAGCCGACGAGUUCAUCUACAAGUUUAGAGAAAGUAUGAAGAUGGAGAAGGAAAGGUCGUUUCUUGAGUUUCAAGAAAGGUUAAAACGAAGCGCUUGAUUAAUUGGCUAAUCAUGGUUUCAUGUUUGUCUUCAUGUUCUUCUUGAAAGGAUUGAUUGAAUUUUUCUGAGUAACUUCGUGUUCUCGUUCUCUCUUCUUUGUUUCUUUUUUUUUUGGGAUCAAAUCUUCUCUGCUAAAAUUUGGAUAAUCUCAAGUGUUUAAAACAUCUGUUUUACUGAUGUGAAUACAUAUGGCUCACUAUUCUAAACUUGUAUGCAUGAUCAUUCUUGAUUAAUGUUAAUGUAUAAAAAUGUUUAUCUUUUAA